CAUUCAUAUCACUACCAUUCAAAUCACAAACCUACCCACACUUAUCAUUUUCACGUUCUUUCUUUCUUUUCUUCACUCUCUCACGAAGAAACGAAUCAACACAACAACAAUGGCGUCACCCUCUUCAACACGCAUAGAUCUCGACGGAAACCCAAUCAAACCUCUCACAAUCUGCAUGAUUGGUGCCGGUGGCUUCAUCGGUUCUCAUCUCUGCGAAAAACUCAUGUCUGAAACUUCUCACAAAGUUCUCGCUUUAGAUGUUUACAACGACAAAAUCAAACACCUUUUAGAACCUGAAUCGCUUCCUUGGAAUGGUCGCAUUCACUUUCAUCGUCUUAAUAUCAAGAACGAUUCAAGGCUUGAAGGUCUCAUCAAGAUGGCAGAUCUGGUUAUAAAUCUGGCUGCAAUUUGUACUCCUGCUGAUUACAAUACACGUCCUCUUGAUACAAUUUAUAGCAAUUUCAUUGAUGCACUUCCUGUGGUGAAGUAUUGUUCUGAAACCAAUAAGAGGUUGAUUCAUUUCUCUACUUGUGAAGUGUAUGGGAAAACUAUUGGUAGUUAUCUUCCUAAAGAUAGUCCUCUUCGUCAGGACCCUGCAUACUAUAUGCUUAAAGAAGAUGUGUCUCCAUGCAUUUUCGGUUCAAUCGAAAAGCAGAGAUGGUCAUAUGCAUGUGCAAAGCAGUUGAUUGAGAGGCUGGUUUAUGCUGAGGGUGCUGAAAACGGCUUGGAGUUCACAAUUGUGAGGCCCUUUAAUUGGAUCGGACCUAGAAUGGACUUCAUUCCCGGUAUUGACGGACCAAGUGAGGGUGUUCCCCGUGUUCUUGCAUGCUUCAGCAAUAAUCUUCUUAGAGGAGAGCCCCUCAAGCUUGUGGAUGGUGGUGAAUCCCAGAGAACAUUUGUUUACAUCAAAGAUGCUAUUGAAGCUGUCUUAUUGAUGAUUGAAAACCCUGCCAGAGCCAAUGGCCAUAUUUUUAAUGUGGGUAACCCAAACAAUGAGGUUACAGUUAGGCAGCUCGCUGAAAUGAUGAUCCAGGUCUAUUCAAAGGUUAGUGGAACUCAACCACCUGAAACACCUACGAUUGAUGUGAGCUCGAAAGAAUUUUAUGGUGAGGGAUAUGAUGAUAGUGACAAGAGAAUUCCUGACAUGACCAUAAUCAACAAGCAGCUCGAAUGGAAUCCAAAGACUUCACUUUGGGACCUGCUUGAAUCCACACUUACCUAUCAGCACAGGACAUACGCCGAAGCCAUUAAGAAAGUCAUUGCUCAACCAAUUGCAAGUUAAAAAGUUGAAACAACGAUGGCAGCGCGAGAAGGGCAUAUUCUUGCCCAAGUACCUUACAUAUAUUUUACUGUUUGAAUUUUACAUAUAUGGUAAAUUUUCUUCCUUGACCAAUAGGCAAUAGCCUACAUUUUAUAGCCCAUAUGCCUUAAUUUAUUCCUAGAGAAGUAGGAAAAUUAUGUGGGGCAAUCUGUGCUUUAUGUAAUUUUAAUGUAGAGCUUUGCACUAUGCACUGCUAAACAUAUUGAGGCAUCAUCAUCAUAUAUAAAGGGAAAGUGUCUUUUUCUCCUAUUUUUUGUUUGUGUUUUUAGAGGUCUGUGUUCAUUGCUGUGUCUGUCUUUCCAGAUCAGUUGUAAGUUGUAAUAUUCUGUUGACAGUUGACACUCAAUUGUCAUGUGUUCUAAAUUAUUUGUCAUUAAUUUAUUAUUGUUUUAUUAUU